AUGGCAGACCAGAUGGCGGUGCUGCAGCAGCUGCUGCUAGCUACCCUAGACCCUCGGCUCAAUGUGCGCCAGGCAGCAGAGCAGCAACUGGCUGCAGCAAAGCGGACAGACUUAGGGCAGUUCGUGAGCUCCAUGGCCGCUCUCAUUGCUCUGGAGAAACCACCCCAGGGGCCCCAGGGGGUUUCCGGCAGUCCUGACGACCUCCUUAUUGCAAAACAGAUUGCCGCUGUCACUUUCAAGAAUUCCAUCAGUGCUAAAGACUUGACGCUGGAUGGAGCGGCUGCCCAGGCUUGGAGAGCCUUGCCUACCCCCACAAAGACAGAAAUCAAGAAGCAGCUGCUGGCAGCCUUGCAGACUGACUGCACACAGGUUGGAAAUGCGGUGUGUCAGGCAUUGGCUAAGUUGGGCGUGAUCGAGUUGCGCUCUCUGGAGUUCGAGGAUCUGCUACCGGCGCUGCAAGACAUGGUGCAGCAGGCAGUGUCUUGCCAGCAGCAGCAGCAGCAGCAGCUAGCCAAGGCGUGUGGCCGUCAUGCUCUAACAUGCCUGUCAUACCUCUGCGAGGAACUGGCGGAUAUUGUGGCAGACGGGGAAGAGCCUGUCGAGGUUCUUUCUCAGCAACGAUGCAAUGUUAUCCUCACUGCUGUCGUCCACGGGCUGAAGGACGCCGAUCCUCAGCUUAAGGUUGCGGCAUUACGAGCUCUCUACCACACACUGAUCUUCGCGAAGGAGAACUUCAACAAGAAGGAAGAAAGGGAUUAUAUCAUCGCCUCCGUGGUGGAGGCUGGCGGCUCCGGAAACCCCAGUGCCGUUCAAGUCGCGGCUUUUGAAUGUAUUGUUCAAAUAGCUCAGGAAUAUUACUCCUUUCUAGAGGCAUAUAUGCCCGCUGUGGGACCUCUAACUUGGAACGCUUUGAAGGGAUCAGAUGCGGCAGUGGUGAUAGCGGCUCUAGAGGUGUGGAAUGCUUUAGCGGAGGAGGAGCUGGCCAUUAUUGAGGGUGAAUCCACCCGCUGGUCUCUUUUGAAGAUCAUGGAGCAGGCUGCACCGUUUCUCAUCCCUUUACUUCUCGAGCAGCUUUUGAAUGCUGCUGAGGACGAAGACGACGAUGACAGCUGGACACCCGCAAUGGCAGCUGCUAUUUGUCUCGGACUCUGUGCUCAGGUGGUGCGUGAUGCUAUUUUACCACCCGUACUGGAGUUUGUCCAAGUGAACUUCUCGUCUUCCGAGUGGCGGAGGCGCGAGGCUUCGCUGUUGGCGUUGGGGUGUGUAAUGGAAGGCUCGAGUGCAGAGGCAAUGGCUCCUUAUGUGGCGACAUCCUUCCCGAUGCUUGUGAAAGCGGUUGCAUCUGAUGCCUCGGUGGCAGUCCGAGACAGUGCAGCCUGGACGUUGGGCAGAGCGGCGCAACAGCACGCGCCAAUCGUACUGCGGCAUCUCUUUCCUCCCCCCGGUGUCUCUCCACCCGGAGCACCACCAGGCGGAGCGAGUGGCGAGUUGCUGCUAGCCAUCGUUGAGCGGCUAGCUGACAAGCCGAGGGUCGCCGUGCAUAUUUGCUGGAUGCUGCACGAACUCGCCGACAACAUCAACACUCCCGAGGGAGCCGCGGCGUGUCAAGGAUCAACAAACCAACAAGAUCAGAACCCGCUGGAUCCUAUUUUCCCCAAGCUAUGCGAAGCCUUACUCAGCGUCUCCGAGCGGGCUGACGCGGACGAAAAGAAUCUGCGCGAAGCGGCUUUUAAUUGCAUGGGGGCCCUAAUUAAAAAUGCGGGGAGCGCCUGUUGGAAUCAUCUGUUGUCUCUCUUGGAGCAUUUCGAGGGGCAACUCAGGAAGUCCUUUUCUUUUGAACAGACAGAGCAAACCAAACAGAGACAAGGAAUGCUGUGUGGAGUCAUUCAGAUCCUCUGUCUCCGUCUGGGGGAUCAGGUGAAGCCCGUUGCCGGCAGUCUUUGGAGCACUUUAAAACAAGUCUUCCAGCGCCGAACAAGCGGUGUAUCGAAUGCCUUGACGGAAGGCGUGACUGGCGCAGUCUCGGGGGCAGCGAAUCCUCAUGGAUUCGUUGUCAGCUCCGAGCCGAGUGUAUGUGAUGGCCUCCUGGCUCUCUCAGCGCUCAUCAACGCCUCAGGUGCUGCAGUGUCGCCGUUUGCUGGAGAAGUGGCGGACCUGCUGGUGUUGCAGAUGCAACACCAACACGAACCCCAAGAUUCAAAUGCGGCGGCAGCGGCAUCAGCAGCGACUGGAGAGACCGUCCAUGGAGAUAGCAGUACCGCGGAUGAGCUACAAGCUGCCCGUAUAUGUAUUGAACUUGUUGGCGACCUUAGUCGCGCUCUUGGUCCCGAUUUUGGCGUCCUGUCUGAUGCGCUUCUCCAUGAGUUCUACCAACUUCUUCGAGCCCCCUCCGUGGAUAGAUCCCUGAAGCCGGUGGUAAUCGUGGCUGUGGGAGACGUAGCCUUAAGUCUGGGAGGCGCUCAAUUCGCACGGUUCGCACCCUGGCUUAUUGAGCUCCUGGUGCAGGCCGGAGUCACUCCGUAUGAUGCAGGGCCACCGAAUUGGCAGCUGAACGAGGAAUGGAUGUGGUACGUCCACGAACUGCGCUCCGCAACGCUUGAAGCUCUGGCCAGCUGCGUUUAUGCGUUGAAAGAAGCACAGCUGCAGGAGGUGCUGAGGAAGGAAGUCAACGGGAUGUUGCAGGUCGUUAAGGCUGUCGCCGAGGCACCAAGCUGGGUCCAUGGAUCUCCCCAAAUGGUCCAACAGGCACUCGAGCUCACAGGGGACCUCCUGUCCACAUUUGGUCGCACGUUAGGAGGUCAUUUGCGGACGGCGAAUUUCGUAGUCCAGCUACAGAGGGAGGCACAGAGGCUUGCAACUGAGGAGGGAAAUGCGUCAGUGGGGGCGAAGGCACAGUGGCUGGCACAGGUAAAAGCGAAGGAGGGCAGCGAUUGUAUGACUGCUGAAUCACUACAGUUAGAUUUAACGACGAGACGGGGUAAAGGGCUUAGGCGAGGUUUCAGGGCUGUCCUUAUGGCCCCAGCAACAGCAGCAGCAGCUGCUGCAGCUGGUGUGUUUGCCUCUGCCGUCCUAGCGCUCCGCGAGUGCGCGGGCACAAAGGGAGACAGAGUAUUAGCAACAGCAGCAGCAGCACGAGCGGCCAGAAAAGCAGACGCUGCCUCCUUUUCUGUUUGUGCUGUAAGCGCACGCCAGGGGCUGAGUACCUGGGCAUACAAUGAGCAGACAGGGUGCAGUAGCUUCCUGUAUGGUCGGGAUGAUAGCAAGAUAGCUGACGGGGCAUUAGGGGUUGGAACUGGCAAAGCGGUGACCAACGAACUGCAUCUCGAGGAUUUGGGGAUGGGAGGUUCCUUCUUAGAGAAGUUGGUGCGUCGGAUACGGGAGGAGCGUACACUUCUGUGCAUUGGGAUAGAUCCUCCUCUAAGCUGCGUUUCUGUUGCCGACUUACCCUGUCAAGAGUUAGAGGAGUUGCUCGACAGCUUGUUUGACAAAUGCUUGAAGUUGGUUAAGGCCACUGCACCAUUCGCCUGCUGUUUCAAGCCGAAUGUCGCUUUCUUCGAGCAAUACGGCCCUUCUGGGAUGCAGGGAGAUUGUAUAACUCUGGACCCCUAUUUGGGUAUUGACGCUGUUCUACCCUAUAUAGAAAAAAAAGGGAAAGGAGUUUUUGUAGUUUGCCGGAGUUCCAACCCUCGAAGCGCCGACGUUCAGGGCAUUAGAGUCUGCAAGGGUGCCACUAAGCAUGGAGCAAAACAUGUGGAGGGCGAAGGACGUGAAGUGUACAUGGAGGUCGCAAAAAUGUGCGAAGAGGCGAGACAACAGAACGAGCCUCGCCUGUCUAGAGAAGGAGGUGUCGUGGGCCUUGUUGUCGGCGCGACAUAUCCUGAUGAUAUGAGCAAGAUCAGGAAAUUGUUUCCUGACUUGUGGUUCCUCGCCCCUGGUGUUGGAGCACAAGGGGGUGACCUUGAAGCCACAAUAAGAGCAGGAAUGCGAAAGGACGGCCUGGGCUUGAUCAUUAACGUGGGGAGGGCCAUAUCAGAGGCCGAGGUAUGCAAUGAACGCACUAUAACUGCAUGCCGUUCGUCGCAUCAGUCUUCGGUCCUUUGUUUGCCAGGACCCCGGAAAGGCGGCGGAAGAGCUUUGCGAGAAGAUAAGAAGUCUCAUUCCCGAACCCUCGGAGCUGACAUCGCCUCAGAGUGUGCCAACAUUCUGAAUCCAUAUGCUACGAAUCCCUCAGGAAGCUGCAUACAUACUACGGCUGCCUUGCAGGACAGCUUAACUACAGCAGCACCAGAAACUGGUUGUUGA